ACUGAACACCCGCCGCAAAUUGUCGUUCGAGAACGGCGCGCCACCACUUCAGUGUGCAGCUUAACGCAAUCCUCUGCCCCUACCGGGGAACCGCCCACAAAUCCUCAAGCUCCGCCAUCAGUGAUCCACGCAGUGCAGAAGCGGGCACGACCCUCGUCGCACUCAGAGGAUGGCUCGAACUCACGAUUGAGUCCGUCGCAAUCAUCGCCUGUUCGCAAGAGAAGGGCGGUGGAUAGGGAAUUUAGACAGAUGUCUCCUCAGCGGCUGAUGGUCACUGCCUGUGCCAAGGAAGCCGUCGGGCCUGGGAGUGGUGAAGACUCAGGCUUCGAAGUGAACGCGCAGGGAUUGACGACUGGCACCCAUACGCAGAGGGCUCGGCUCUCAGGUCCUCAAGUGAGUGUUUCGGAAAACUUAGCAUCGGAGCCGGACGGACCCAGCGACAUGGGCCACUCGACGGACUCAGACGACGACCCCGACAUGGACUGGUCCAUCGACGCCUACGGCUCCCUCGAUGUCGCGAGCUCUAUCUCGGGGGAGAAGUUUGGAUCGCAAAGCGAUGCGGGCGAUUUCAGCGACUCGGAAUACACUGCGACGGUAUGCCCUCCCGCAUCCGACGUCGAUGAUGCUGCUACCGUGCUCGAGAGCGAGAACGAAGACGACCAUCCACCUGCGCGUGCCCCCCAAGUCUCCUGGUCAGUCGUUUCCGGGGAGUCGUAUCCUGUAGACGACGACAAGCGCUCGCUCUCAUCCGACCUCGACGCACCUCCUCCCCUCGGUAGUUUCUCCGCGUAUCCAGGUCCUUCUCGCGUACCUCCAGUGCCGGCUCCUGCUCCUAUAGUGGAGCAGAGUCCCUCCAACCGCUUUCUCGCCAGAGCCGGAAGUCCUUCGAGCCCUUGGAACUACACACAGGCAUCUUAUCGCCCCAUUCUGCUCGAUGCUGCGCCUGCUCCUCCGCUAGGUUACAAGAGUGGUGGCUUCAAAAUUGGGAAACGUCCAACGAAGAAGAGUGCUGGACCGUCGCCACUCCUUCCUCCAUUGUAUCCGCCUGAAGCAUACUGCGUCGAAGCAGAUGCGCUCAGUCAGGCGAACGGCGUCGCCGAAAUCAAGAGAGAAUGCCCAUGGGCGGACACACAGUACAAGAGGGCGUGCAAUGCAGAGAUCUCCGGCAACGACCUCCGCGAGUUUCUCUGUCGCCUCCAGUCGCACAUCUUGCACGCGCACGCCCCGCCCACGGAGCUGACUGCCAAUCCCACAGCAAGGUAUAGGUGCCGUGCUCUACUGGACAAGUCCCGAAGCGCUCGCCGGUGCUCGACGCCUAUAACGGCUGGGCAGCCGGGCGAAUUCCAGCUCGCCGCGCAUAUCGCACGCUCGCAUCUAGGCAUGUCCGUGCCCGUGCAAUACAGGUGACGGAAAUUUCUCAAGGGUCCACGCGAGCUGCGUUCGCCGGUCAUACUCAAUGAAAUCUAUAUGCUAGUACAUUUUCCUCUCGAG